AGCAUGAAUCCUGGAAACCAAACAACUGUUUCAGAAUUCCUUCUUCUGGAAGUGACAGAGGAUCCAAAAUUGAAGCCCCUCUUCUUCAGUGUGUUCCUGAUCAUGUACCUGGUCACCAUUCUGGGCAACCUGCUCAUCAUCCUAUCUGUCAGCUCAGACUCCCAUCUGCACACCCCCAUGUACUUCCUCCUGUCCAAUCUGUCCUUUACUGACAUCUGCUUAAGCACCACCACGGUCCCAAAGAUGCUGGUGAACAUCCAGACACAGACUCAGAGCAUUGCUUACAUGGGCUGCCUUGUGCAAAUGUGUUCCGUCCUGGUUUUUGCUAGCUUGGAAAAUUUCCUUCUGGCAGUCAUGGCCUUUGACCGCUAUGUGGCCAUCUGUCACCCCUUGAGGUACACGGUCAUCAUGAACAUCCGUCUCUGUAGUGUGAUGGUUUUUAUCUCUCUGUUAUUUAGUGUGGCAGAUUCCCUGUUCCACAGUCUGAUGGUGUUGAGACUGUCCUUCUGCACAGACCUGGAGAUCCCCCUUUUCUUCUGUGACGUGGUUCAGGUCAUCCAGCUCGCUUGCUCUGAUAAACUCAUCAACAACUUUCUUAUCUAUUUUGCAUCGAGCGUGUUUGGUGGUGUGCCUCUGCUUGGAAUCGUGUUUUCUUAUACUCAAAUCAUUUCCUCUAUUAUGAGAAAGACAUCCUCUAGUGAAAAGUAUAAAGCUUUUGCCACCUGCGGGUCUCACCUGUCGGUGGUCUCCUUGUUCUAUGGGACAGCUUUUGGGGUGUACAUCAGUUCUGCAGUCACUGACUCUUCCAGGAUGACAGCGGUGGCCUCAGUGAUGUACACGGUGGUCACUCCCAUGGCCAAUUCCUUCAUCUAUAGCUUGAGGAACAGGGACAUGAAGGAAGCCCUAAGGAAACUCGCCUGCAGGAUAUCUUCUCUUUUGUGA